AUGUCUAUGUCUGAUUCUGAUUCCUCUUCUUAUGUUGGGGAUUACAAAAGUUUUAAACAAAUUUGUCGUGAGCGAUUAUUACAUGAAAUGUUGAGAUCAACAAAAACAGGAGAUUCAAUAUCAACUUGGAAGGUAUUAAUAAUGGACAAACUAACUGUAAAGAUAAUGUCUCACUCAUGCAAGAUGACUGAUAUCACUAACGAAGGUGUUUCAUUGGUUGAAGACAUAUACAAACGAAGACAAUCAUUACCCACCAUGGAUGCUAUAUAUUUCAUCCAACCAACUCGAGAGAAUGUAAUAAUUUUUUUGUCAGACAUGUCUGGAAAAACACCCUUAUACAAGAAGGCAUUUGUUUUCUUCAGUUCAACUAUUUCUAAAGAAUUAGUUACUGACAUUAAGAAAGAUGCAAAAGUGUUGACUCGAUUAGGGGCAUUGAGAGAGAUGAAUUUGGAGUAUUUUCCCAUAGACAGUCAGGGUUUCAUCACAAAUAAUGACCAAGUGUUAGAGGAGUUAUUUGGGGAUGAAGAGAAUAAUCAUAAAGGUGUUUCAUCUUUGAAUGUGAUGGCAAAAAGGAUUGCUACAGUUUUUGCUUCUUUAAGAGAAUUUCCUUCUGUUCGCUUUCGUGCUGCCAAGUCCCUAGAUGAAACUACAAUGACUACUUUUCGUGAUCUUAUUCCUACAAAGCUUGCUGCCGAAGUUUGGGAUCAUCUUGUGAAAUAUAAAAAAAGUAUACCUAACUUUCCUCAGACAGAGACGUGUGAAUUACUCAUUCUUGAUAGAUCUAUUGAUCAGAUUGCACCUGUGAUACAUGAAUGGACUUAUGAUGCCAUGUGUCAUGAUUUGUUGAAUAUGGAGGGAAAUAAAUAUGUUCAUGAAGUUCCCAGCAAACCUGGUGGUCCAAUAGAGAGAAAAGAGGUUCUUUUGGAGGAUCAUGAUCCUAUAUGGCUUGAGCUUCGCCAUGCUCAUAUUGCUGAUGCUAGUGAACGACUGCAUGAGAAGAUGACUAACUUUAUUUCAAAGAACAAAGCUGCACAGAUACAACAUGGUUCAAAUGGUGAAAUGUCAACAAGGGACUUACAGAAAAUGGUUCUAGCACUUCCAAAAUACAAUGAACAGAUUGACAAGCUCUCUCUCCACGUAGAGAUUGCAGGAAAAAUUAAUAGAAUCAUUAGGGAGUCAGGACUACAGGAACUUGGUCAACUGGAGCAAGAUCUUGUUUUUGGAGAUGCAACUACAAAAGAUGUGAUCAGAUUUUUGAGCAUGAAAGAAGAUAUGACAUGUGAAAAUAGGUUGCGCUUGUUAAUGAUUCUUGCCUCUAUUUAUCCUGAGAAAUUUGAGGGAGAAAAGGGUCUCAAUUUGAUGAGGGUAUGGUUCCUUUUUUACAGGGUAGCAAAAUUGACAGAAGAGGAUAUGAGUGUUGUGCAUAAUUUGAAAAUGCUUGGGGUACAACCAGUUGCCAAAAAAAAAAUGACCACCGCUUUUGGUCUUAAGUUUGAUAUCCGUAAGAAGAAGAAGAAGCGUGCUGCAAGAAAAGAACGUCUUGAUGAAGAAGAAAAGUGGCAGCUAUCACGCUUUUAUCCCAUAAUAGAGGAACUCAUUGAAAAACUCACAAAAAAUGAAUUGUCAAAGGAAGAUUAUCCAUGUUUGAAUGAUCCAAGUCCAUCAUACCACGGAUCACCUCUUUUUGGUUCUGUAAACCAAAAUCCUCAUUCAAUGAGAUCAAGGCGUACACCUAGUUGGGCUCGAUCACGUAGUUCUGAGGAUGGCUACUCAAGUGAUUCAGUGCUUAGACAUGCAUCGAGUGAUUUCAGGAGGAUGGGGCAACGAAUUUUUGUAUUCAUUGUUGGUGGAGCAACCAGAUCUGAGCUUAGGAUUUGCUAUAAGCUUACCGAAAAGCUAAAAAGGGAAAUUAUUCUCGGCUCAUCAAGUCUUGAUGAUCCUGCACAAUUUAUUAUGAAACUAAAGAUGAUAACAACGCAUGAGCUUUCAUUAGAUGAUAUCCAAAUAUGAUGUUAAUGACUUUAGAGCUAGAAGAUGAGCUUCUGUUUACUUGUAAAUUAUAUUUGUGUUGUAAUCAUAUAGUUUAAUCAUCUUGAUAUUACAAUUUGAAAAUUUUGUUCAUUGUGAACAGACUAAGGAGAACAAUCUUCAUUAGCUAC